AUGACCAAGCAAUUCUUUUUCGCCGGGGAUCUCAUGCUAGCGCGCGGCGUGGAUCAAGUUCUUCCGAAUCCGCUGCGAAACGCCUCGCUACGCGAAUCUUGUUGUACGCACGCCAACGACUACGUACGCCUCGCGAUGAAGAAGUGCGCGAUACAGCGUAAACCAACCUGGACGGCGAAGGAACUGCUCGGCGACCUGCUUCCUGCUCUUCGUUCGCGAGAGCCCAUCGACUUAAGCGUCGUAAACUUGGAAACGUCAGUGACAACGAACGAUGAGUUUUGGCCGCGUAAAGGAGUGUGUUAUCGCGCGUCGAAGGAAAACUGUCUCGAUGUCUUGGCAACUUUGCGCGUCGAUGUGCUGACGCUGGCAAACAAUCACACACUGGACUUUGGCAUCAAAGGACUGAUCGAUACACUCGACGCGAUUGAUUCAGCGUCUCGAGUGGGCGCAGGACGAAACGACCUUCAGGCGUUCGAACCGAAGAUUGUUGCCGACACCGCGGUAUUUGGAUUGUGUCUUGAAAACUCAGGAGUACCGGUUUCGUGGCAGGCUCGAAGGAACGCCGCGGGUUUGGCUCUCAUUCUAGACGAACACGACUUGAAUCGAGUCGCUCGUGAAAUCGAACGCACAGACGUGCCGAUCAAAAUCGUCUCGCUGCACGCCGGCGGCAAUUGGGGGUAUUCGAUUGAGCCGGAGACGCGAAUGGUCUGUCGCCGACUGAUUGACGCUGGUGCGCACUUCGUACAUGGACACUCGAGCCAUCACGCGCGUAGCGCCGAGCUCUACAAACGUCGACUCAUACUCUUUGGGUGCGGAGAACUUCUCAACGAUUACGAAGGCAUAGGCGAUCACGCAGGCUUUCCAUCGAAAACAUACAACGCCGAUUUGCGAUACGCGUACUUUCCCACGUUGAACGAUACCGGCGAAUUCACGGAAAUGAAAAUCGACGUCUUCACGCAAGCAAACUGUUUUCGCCUCGAGCGCGCAACGAUCGACGCCACACAGCGAGCUUUCAGAUCGCUCGUCGCCGAUUACCGCAGAGGGGGGCUCGCGAUGUCGAUGAAAGCACCGAACACGCUCCUUGUCAAGCCGCUGUGA